GAGAGAGAGAAGACAAACACACACACAGAGAGAGAGAGAGAGAGAGAGAGAGAGAGAGAGAUGAAAACUUCCUGAAUGGCUGGUGGAGUAAGAAGAGAAGAAUGAACGUGCCUUCACUAACAAACUCACGGGUGUCCACUUUGCAUUUUCUCAAUUCUGCACAUCCAUGAUGGGUAAGGAUACUGUCAUACCGGACAUGGAACUUCUGCUUCUGAAGACAGAACUAUGAAAGUGACACUGGCGAUCUUCAACUGCUGCGUCUCCACCAGACCUUUCUCCUAGUUUGAUCUACAGAGAACAUCUGCCUGAAGGCUCAUAAGAUCAGCAACAUGUGUCAUGUCAUUGUUACGUGUCGUUCUAUGCUCUGGACCUUGAUGAGCAUUGUAGUGGCGUUCGCUGAGCUGGUUGCCUUCAUGAGUGCUGACUGGCUUGUAGGGACCCGCCACCCCUCUGGAUCCAACAUUACAGUCGUCCCGACACCAGAACCCUACCGGCCUUCCCUUGGCCUCUACAGCCGCUGCAUCAAGGUGGCCCAACAGAAGAUGGUCCAGUGUGGACCAUAUGCUACAGACUUUACAGAGAUUGCAAGUGGAUUCUGGCAAGCUACGACUAUAUUCCUGGUUGUUGGAAUCUUCCUGUUGUCCGUUGUGGGCUUUCUCUCAGUCUUUAGCCUGUGCUUUCAGAGUAUCUUGGGGAAAAGCAUCUUCAACGUGUGUGGCCUGCUUCAAGGCAUAGCAGGUUUGUUCCUGAUGCUGGGGCUGAUGCUCUACCCAGCAGGCUUUGGCUGUGACAAAGUGGUGAGCUACUGUGGGCCAGAUGCUUCUGCAUAUAAACUGGGUCAAUGUUCUCUGGGCUGGGCCCUGUACACAGCGAUAGGAGGAACAGUGCUCACCUUCAUCUGCGCCAUGUUCUCCGCCCAGGCUGAGAUCGCCACAUCUAGUGACAAGGUGCAGGAUGAGAUAGAUGAGGGCAGGAUGCUCAUCUGUGUGCUCUGAAUUUUUUGCCUAGUUGGCCUCUGUAGGCUGGUUGAUAUACAGAGUUUUCCCUUUGAUUUAGUCCAAAUUCUAACUAAGUGGGGUAGUAAUGUGCCGUUUACCAAAGGUUAGUUAUGCUGUCAUUCAACAUGUGUAUAUUUCCACAUGUCACUGUUUUACUACUUUAGUGAAUGUAGACUUCAUUUUCAUUUAUUUUUAUUUAACCCAGAUACGCUCUUAAAAAUAGGGUGCCUCAAGGUCCCUUGGAGCGAUGCCAUAGGAGAACCACCUUUGCUUCCCUAAAGAACCUUUCAGUACAGUGGUUUCAAUUGCGUGUUUUUGUAGAACCAUCCACUGUGGUUCUUAUUUGAAGUGCUGUUAAAGUGCUGUACCGUUCUCUCACCUGUACAUACAGCCCAUAUAUGGAAACUAAGCUGCAAAAACAGCCUGUUUUGAAUUGAUUUGUGAUGUCACAAAACCAAUAUAUUUACAUAUAUCUGGUUAUUCAGCC